AUGUUUGAAAUCAGCGUGCGUCCAGACCACCAGAAUGGAGCUGGUCGCACUCAUAUCAUAACCUUACCGCUGAAUCUGAUCGCGCAUAUAGUUUCAUGGAUUGAGGACCCAGGCGACCUUGCUCGCAUGUGCCGUACAUGCCGAUUGCUACACUACAUGGCUAUCCCGCAUCUCUAUCGCAACAUCUCCCUUACCUCGUACGACCGUAUUCGAUACCGCGACGAGCUGCCGGAAGGGUGGGGCAAUGCAAGUCCGUUCUCCAUGGGACUCAACACGUUGGUUACUAGGUCUCAUGCAUCGCUUGUGCAAUCCAUGACCUUGCGCGGCGAAUGGAACGAGCCGGAAUUGGAAGAACACUCUCGAGUCGGCCGUGUGCCGGACUCUUCCAUGAUGCUCAAUAUCUCCGUGAGGGCGGCGCUUGAUCGUAUGAAGAACAUUGAGAGCUUCAGCUGGGAACUCAACACCAAGUUGAUGGAGACGGUCUAUUUAGGGCUUCCGAAGUUACCAAAACUCACAUCCUUGUCCAUACGAUUCCCAUCCAGCAGACAUCCGCGUCCGAUAUAUGUGAUUCCCGCUAUGCCUCAUUUGCGCAUUCUCAAAGUGACCGACAUAGAUCCUGUAUGCUACCCUGACGAUAUCGCAACUCUACUAUCUAAAAGUCCUCAUCUGGAAGAUUUGAAAAUGCAUUGGUCCCCCCGCAUGCGCGAGAAUCAAGAACCCAGCGUUGUUCUUCACGAUUACUUCCGUCAUUGCAUUAGGGACAAAACUCCGCUGAAGCUGAAAAAAGUGGCAUUUCACAAUUUGUUUUCAAGGCAUACAAGCGAUUGGCAAGAAACGUCAGAUGAUUCCAUACUCGAGGAAUUAACUUUCCUAAACGGUUAUACCGAGGAUUCGCCAGCUCAUUCUACAUUUGUAGACAAGACGUGGUCAACAGCCCGUAUGCAAAUCUCGGAAAUGUCAAAUUUGAAGCUCAUCAGGCACGAUCUUGUCUCAAAAGAAUUCUGCGAGUUUUUGAGUUGUUCUAGAGGCCUAGAGAAGUUAUAUUGCGUCAACUCUGCUCGCCCCAUAGGAUCGCGGCCAAGUAUGCGGUCAUCAGCGAGCAAUACCACUACGCACUCAUACCUUGGCAGUAACGGAAUUGGUCCCAAUGGUACCUUCCCUUCUAUUGCUGGAAAUGGCUCCAUGACUUCCCCAUCUUCACCUCGGUCACCCGCCUUUAAUACGACUCAGCACCUACAGCUCCGGGAUUCCUACUUCAACUCAGUCAUGGCAAAUCACGGUGCUACUUUGCGCCACCUUAUCCUUCCUUCGCGCUGGCCGCUAUCAAGCACCACUCUUGCGCGGUUGGUUCAUGUCUGUCCAAACUUGGAGCAGGUGGCAUUUGCCCUGGAAGUCUCAACAAUGGACGCGUUCGGUUUACUCAUUCCCUUUCUACGGAAACUGCAAGCCAUGCGAAUUCUGAUCCCGUCCACAGAAAAGCCCGCGCAGGAACAGGCUAUUGUGCAGACCAAUCCGAAUUCUCCUAUCCCGCCCUUUUCUAGUAUGUACGAAAUGGUGGAGCUGGACGAUGAUAUCCAUACUGAAAAGCUUAGCGCAGUGACAGCGGAUAGAGAUCGGGGCCGUUCACUCAAAGUCAUUGGGAUGGGCUGGAAGGCAUGGGAACUUGGCGAUUUUUAUUAUAUUCCUGCAUCUAGCCAUACGCCAACUGCUUCCGGGGCGGACUCUUAUCGACCAGUCGACGACGCACGACCUAUGAUCAACACGACUUCGAAUGGUCGAGGGUCUCCAACGCCAGGUUUUUCCGCCACUGAACCAGCCAGGAAAAGUCAACUACAUCCUACAAAUACACGUACCCCUAUUCCGUACGUGACGAAAACACCCAAGUCGUCUCUAGGUAAGCGCGCCCGUGAUGAUAUGUCGCCACCGUUGGACUCUUCGAGUAAACCUUCAUUGGUCUUGGACUCGGACAACGUGUACGAUACACUCCCUACAGGAGAGAAGAUCAUCUGGAGACGCCGUGUGCGCCCAGUAGGCUGGGACGUCCUUAAGAAAUGGGAAAUAUGGGCUCUCGACUCACAAGACGUCUGA